GCCGCGGUGAGGCGCGGGCGGAGAGCGACGGGCGCGGGGCCGCGGAGCAGCGAGGGCGAGCGAGCGCGCGCGCGGCCGUACCCCGGCCAGGCCCGGCCCGACUCGCCGAGCCCGCGAUGCGCCCCGGGGCCGCCCCCCGGCGCAGCUGACGCCGCGGCCCGCGGAGACCCCGGCCGGCCGGCACCGCGCGAGCGGCCGCCGCCGGCCCAGGCCACGAUGGCGGGGAAGGGGGCCGCCCCGGGCACCGCGGUGCUGCUGGUCACGGCCAACGUGGGCUCGCUGUUCGACGACCCAGAAAACCUACAGAAGAACUGGCUUCGGGAAUUUUAUCAGGUCGUGCACACGCACAAGCCGCACUUCAUGGCUCUGCACUGCCAGGAGUUUGGAGGGAAGAACUACGAGGCCUCCAUGUCCCACGUGGACAAGUUUGUCAAAGAGCUGCUGUCCAGUGACGCGAUGAAGGAGUACAACCGGGCCCGUGUCUACCUGGACGAGAACUUCAAAUCCCAGGAGCACUUCACAGCAUUAGGAAGCUUUUAUUUUCUCCACGAAUCCUUAAAAAACAUCUACCAGUUUGACUUUAAAGCCAAGAAGUAUAAAAAAGUCACCGGCAAAGAGAUCUACUCGGACACGCUGGAGAGCACACCCAUGCUGGAGAAGGAGAAGUUUCCGCAGGACUACUUCCCUGAGUGCAAAUGGUCGAGAAAAGGCUUCGUUCGGACAAGAUGGUGCGUUGCAGACUGUGCCUUUGACUUGGUCAACAUCCAUCUUUUUCAUGACGCUUCCAAUCUGGUCGCCUGGGAGACAAGCCCUUCGGUGUACUCGGGGAUCCGGCACAAGGCCCUGGGCUACGUGCUCGACAGAAUCAUCGACCAGCGAUUCGAGAACGUGUCCUACUUUGUGUUUGGCGAUUUCAACUUCCGGCUGGACUCCAAGUCCGUGGUGGAGACUCUCUGCACAAAGGCCACGAUGCAGACCGUCCGUGCCGCUGACACCAACGAAGUCGUGAAGCUGAUAUUUCGUGAGUCGGACAAUGACAGGAAGGUUAUGCUUCAGCUGGAAAAGAAACUCUUCGACUAUUUCAACCAGGAGGUUUUCCGUGACAACAACGGCACUGCGCUCUUAGAAUUUGACAAAGAGCUGUCUGUUUUUAAGGACAGACUGUAUGAACUGGACAUCUCGUUCCCUCCCAGCUACCCAUAUAGCGAGGACUCCGGCCAGGGCCGGCAGUACAUGAACACCCGGUGCCCUGCGUGGUGCGACCGUGUCCUCAUGUCCCCAUCCGCCAGGGAGCUGAUUCUGAAGUCGGAGAGCGAGGAGAAGGUUGUCACCUAUGACCACAUUGGGCCCAACGUCUGCAUGGGAGACCACAAGCCCGUGUUCCUGGCCUUCCGCAUCGCGCCCGGGGCAGGUAAACCUCACGCCCAUGUGCACAAGUGUUGUGUCGUGCAGUGACGUGUGGGAGGCGAUGCCAGCGACACCAGAGGGCCCUUCGCGAGACCUCCCUGUAGCGCCGGGAGCCAGUGGGAGUCCCAUCCAUUGAAACACGUCCUCCUAACAGCUGCAUCGACAAACCCGCCCGAGCGCCACCCGCUAGACGGCCGGCCCCACACUUCGCUUCAGCCUCCGGACCGUUCCGGAAAAGCCUCACAUACCUCACUGUCUUGUCUGUUCAUGUGACAUUAAGUAGAAAUACUGGGUUUUUGUAAUAAGUCACCGUCCUGUUGCCAAAACUCUAUAGACAGGAGAGGGAGUCUGUAUUUUAGACUUCAGAGUUUCCAUUUUUAAUAAUUGUCAGCGUGGGAAGAGCUUCUCCGGCGUGGAAACCCCCCAGGUGUCCCAGGUCCCCCUCUGCCACCUGGAGGCGUGCAUGGGGGCGGGUGGCGGGCGGGGGCUCUUUGCGACUCCGGC